CAGAAGGCGGCGGUCUGCAGGAGAGCAAAACAAAAUGACGGCGCGCGGAGGUCUCGGACGUGUUCUCUGUCUGUCGCUGCCGCUGUCGCUGUCAGUUGGCGGCCGAAGUUAAUCGAAGAUCGACUUGGACGCGAGCCCGCCUUGGCGCGCGCACACCCCGACGCAGCCAUGGACCGCGGCUUCCUCAACGUCAUCCUUCUGGGAUUCGGAUUCAUGUUCGUGUUCACGGCUUUCCAGACCAUGGGAAACAUCGAGCAAACCGUGCUGGACAGCAUCCACGCCGACGACCCCUCGUUCACCGGCAAGGGCUACACCAGCCUGGCCGUCAUCUACGCCGUGUUCGCCGUGUGCAACUGGGCAGCGCCCUCCAUCAUCUCCGUCAUCGGGCCGCGCGCCGCCAUCUGCCUGGGCGCCGUCACCUACGGCUUCUUCAUCGCCACGUUCCUGUACCCGUCGACAUGGCUGCUGUACGCCAGCUCGGCCGUCAUCGGCUUCGGCGCGGCCGUCAUCUGGACCGGCCAGGGCAGCUACCUCACGCUCAACUCCACCAAGGAGACCAUCUCGAGGAACUCGGGCGUGUUCUGGGCCAUGCUGCAGUGCAGCAUGUUCUUCGGCAACAUCUUCGUCACCUUCAUGUUCCAGGGGAAGACCCACAUUGACGAGCCCACCAGGAGACUCGUGUUCUCAGUUCUUCUAGGAGUGGCAGCGCUCGGCUUCGUUUUCGUCCUGCUGCUUCGGCCCGCAGUCCAGACUGUGGAAAUGGAGAAGAGGGACAAAUCCACGACCGGACCCAUGUACGCGCUCAAGCGAGCAGGUCACCUUAGUCUCACCAAGAACAUGGCCUUGCUCAGCGUCACCUUUUUCUACACUGGUUUGGAGUUGUCUUUCUUCAGUGGUGUGUACAGCCCAAGCAUUGGAUUUACAAAGCAGAUGGGGGAAAACGCUAAGCAGUUGGUUGGACUCUCAGGCAUUUUCAUUGGUCUUGGAGAAGUAAUUGGUGGCGCUUUAUUUGGUCUUCUGGGACGACGUACUACCCGCUCAGGUCGAGAUCCCAUUGUCAUCAUGGGUUUCCUCAUCCAUGCUGCUAGCUUUUUCCUCAUCUUUUUGAACCUCCCUAAUAACGCCAACUUAGGGGACACAUCAGAUGAUGCCUAUAUCACAUCUAAUCAAUAUGUGGCUCUGCUGUGCAGCUUUCUGUUAGGCUUUGGCGAUAGCUGUUUCAACACUCAGAUUUUCUCCAUCCUUGGUGGACUCUAUCCCGAAGACAGUGCACCCGUAUUUGCACUGUUCAAGUUUACUCAGUCCGUAUCUGCCGCCAUCAGCUUCUUCUACAGUACAUUACUAGGGUUGUAUGUUCAACUUGGUAUUUUAGUUGUUAGUGGAACAGUUGGAACAGUUACUUUCUGCCUUGUUGAGUGGUCUGAGCGUUACAACAAGAAAUCUGAGUCUCCUAUCAACAGCGAGAGCAGUGAUCCAGACAAUAUUUCUCCCAGAACUCCUGCUCUCCCUCAUGACUAGGACAAACGUAUAUUCUGAAAAUUUCAUUCCAUUCUGAAAAUUUCAUUCCAUUUAGAUUAAGUUCCCAGUGUAGCCAAGUGACUUCCUGUAGAAAAAACAGAAGUUUUUUUUUUUACAUAUAGAGUUUACUUCCUGAA